AGUGAGCUCAUCAGUUAGCUUUCGAUCGUCGUCGACUCGCGACGGAAUUUCGCUAGGUUUGUCCUGGUUUCUCUGUUCCGCAGCUCGGUGUUGCCGCGCGUUUUCUGAAACAACAUCGACUCUCUUGAUUGGCGGAGUGCCACGCCACAAAGUGGAUGAUAGGUAUUGUCUAUCACGUGGACUAGGUUAGUUGUAUCAACCGUUCAAUCGCGUCGUCUCGGGAGGGGAGACGAGGAAGUUAACAACCAAGUGGUGUGUGUUUACAAUUCCAUCUGGUAUAUAGUUGAAGCAACCGAAAAAAAGUUAAAAGUUGUCAUUGAAGAGACAAACAAGUGUUAAGUGUUAAACUGUGAGCGUUCCAGCAAGUUCCGGGUUUGCGAAGAAUCGAUUUCGGGUGUCACGAAACAAAGAGACAGAAACAAGUAGUGAAUCAUCCGAGGCACGCGAAAAGUGCGUCUUUUUCCGACGUCGUAGAAGCAAACGAAACCUUCCGAGCGGGGGUGGUGGCAUCAAUCAUAAGGAAAGCUGAAACCGUGCUGCCGGAAGCAAAAUGGAGCUUUCGCGGAUAAAAAUCUUCUUCGGUGGAUUGGUGCUGCAGCUGUUGUUCACGAUUGCCGUUCCGCUGCCGUAUAACAAGUAUGGCCGCCAGUGCAGUGACAUCGGGUGCCUCUCGAGCCAGGUGUGCGUAAUGGCGUACGAUUCCUGUUCCCUGGGCCAACGCGAAGGCAACGAAUGCGGUCGUUACCCGACAUGCAAAAAGAAGACCGACGCUGGAUUAGCCGCAGGUCCUAGUGACAACGCCCAAGAUCUGUACAGUAACAAUCCGUCACCGCCAAAGGCUUCAGCGCCAUCGAGUGGUGGCGACGAUGACGUUCUCACUAGCCUGGGUCUGAAUCCCGGCGCACCCGACAACCGCAAUCGACCGGGCUCCCGUCCGAACCAAGAUCCCUACUCCAAUCCCUAUCCGUCCCUCCCGGUCAAUCCUCCCCAACCGGCGGCACCUGCUGCCCCUUACUAUCCUCCGGCACCGGCUCCAGCUUCUCCAUCAGGUGGCAACAAUUACUACGGUGGUAGUGGUGGUAGCAGUGGUAGUGGUGGAAACCGUCGUCCAGGACAGUUCGACGGCUCCGGUGGUAACAUUGUGGUCCCAACGCAGAAACCUGCAGCUCCGUCCGGAGGAUUCUUCAGUGGUAUAUUCGGCGGAAUCCAGAACGCCGUUUCCAAUGCCGUUAAGCAACAGGUUGGAACCUACAUCAAUCAACGGCUGGGAAUUGGACCCGCUACGGGAGGUGCCGGUGGACUGUUCGACGCCAACCGAUUUAUCGAUACCAAGAACUUCGGCAGCCUGUUCAGCGAGAAGAAGCCGUCCGGUUCCUCGGGUCAACCGUCGGUUCAAACAAGCAACUCCGCUACGGGCCCAUAUCCGGUAACGGUCGAUCAGCGUACCUCGGUCUACUCGGCCAACGCCCAGCCCGUCAAUAGAGGAAGUUCGUCCGAGUCACAAUACCGUCGCCAGGGUACGGCUGGUACUCCUGCGCCUUACGGAUGGAAGCUGGAUUAAAGUGAGCGGAACGUCCGAAACAAAUAAAAAUGAUAUUGAUCCAAUAAACUAAAAAUACUCCCACAUCAUCUCCCUAUACCUUGGAAAUAGCAAAACCCUCUCUUACUUUAACAUUUAUUAAAACCUGUAGUGACUUAGUUUAUAUAAAUAUUCUUCCACAGAUUUGUUAUUUUGGUACCUAAUAAAUUAACAUUGACAUAAAA